AUGAAUUCAGACUACUACGGAACUCCUCAACAAAAUGAGUCUGCCUACUCUGGGCCUCCACCUCCCCAGGGCCCUCACCAAGGGUAUCAGCAAUCAUAUCCGCAACAGUACCAAGAGCCUCAGAAUCAGUACUCUCAGCCUCAAUACUCUCAGUCAUACAACGAGCAGCAGCAACAGACUGCCCCUGGUGAAGCCCAGGUCGAUGAGCGUGGUUUGGGAGGUGCCCUCGCCGGUGGUGCAGUUGGCGGUUUCGCUGGCCACAAGGCUAACCACGGCUUCCUCGGAGCCAUCGGAGGUGCGAUUGCCGGUUCUAUUGCUCAAGACGCCUACAAGAAGCACCAGAAUGCGAGCGCACAGAACUAUCCUCCUCAAGGCGGUCGCUACCCGCAACAAUUCCCUCAGCAGCCAUAUCCGCAAGCGGGUCCAUAUCAACAAUAUCCUCAAGGACCAUAUCCGCCCAGUCAAUUCUAUCCGCUGGAUCAGUUGCGUCACAAUAAGAAGUCUGUGAUGAAAAGACAGGAGGAGGUGGAGGAGCUUCAGGACAAGAUUAAUCGUGUCUCUCAGCACAUGCAACAGGGUCCCUCGCAUCACAAGAUGAAGGAUCUGCGGAAAGACAUGGAAGACUAUCAGAAGGAUCUGAGAAAGGCUCAAGAGGAUUACCAGAAAGAGUUAGACAAGGCACUGGAGUAA